AUGGCGGGUGAGAUUGGUUCCGCUUACGGCGCUCAUGAGCCGCUUGCGCUUGAUUUUGCAACAAUGCACGAUGGAUAUAAAGCACAUGGUCAGAACCCUCCUCUCACGCCCCCGGGGACAGAGACCGGCUUGUACCAGAACUACUCUGAACACUGGCUUGAACAAGAAGACGACGACUCUGCUCCUGCACCUCCAGACGUCAACCGUCGAAACAUGCUUCAAGUAGCAUCACAGACCAGUUCCCACCACACAAGCUCUAUGGGCAAGCGGCUUAAUUUCCUGUCAAGGCGCAAGAGUAUAGAUAUGCCUGCAGACCUAGAUGUACCCAAGCUUCGGCCUCGUAGUGCUUCUCGAACAUCAAACGCUCCCAUCACAGUCCAGAGACCGCCAACACGUUCAAGCAGCAUCGAACCUCCAAUGUCUCGCAGCAGAGCCGGUUCUGUCGUGUCAGGAUACUCGCCGGGGUCAGAUUACUCAUCUACUCAUUCGAUCGCAACGAAUGCGCUCCCACCGUUACAGAAACUUAGACUACUAGACGAGGAUGACAGACUCUCGCCUCUACUCGAAGAUGACCCAAAGUCCUUCGAUCUUAUUGCGCCGCCCGACGAGCAGAAUGGGCGGAACGAAUACUCGCUCGAGACGCGGUCAGAGCAACUGUUCUCCAAGCAGCAUCUGGAAGCUAUAUUCAAGGACACGCCAUCUCUGCUUCGAUUCAGCUCUUUCCUGGGCGUCGCAAGGCCACAGUCGGUACCUGUCUUGAUCUACUUCCUCGACGCGCUGAAGGCUUUGCGAGCCAUCAAGUACGCCAACGCCGUGGCAGAAGCACUGGAACCUAUCCAGGGUCUUGAGUUCUCCACCAGCUUGCCACGACCGACUGUCAAUACGGUUCUAGAGGAGAAAGCGAAUCAGGCGUUUGACAAAAUGGUCCGGGACGAUCUACCGGCGUUCAUCACGCACGUCUUCAUCCAGGUUGCGAGCGUCAGCAUCUCUAAGCGUGUGACUGGAAACCUGCCGCCAGCGUUGCAGCAGGCAAGCGAGGGGCUGGCAGAGGUCUUCUGCCUGACGGACCCUUCGAGGAGGGAUAAUCCAAUCAUCUUUGCGUCAGAAGAAUUUCACCGUACUACACAGUACGGAGUAGGGUAUGCGAUUGGCCGCAAUUGCCGCUUCCUUCAGGGGCCAAAAACAAAUCGCACCUGUGUGACACGUUUCAAGGAGAUGAUCGAGGGAGGCAAAGAGCAUAACGAAGUGAUUCUAAACUACCGCCGUGAUGGCUCUCCCUUCUUGAACUUACUCAUGAUGGCGCCUCUCCUCGAUUCACGGGGUCAACUACGCUACUUCAUCGGCGCGCAGAUCGACGUCUCUGGUCUCGCAAAGGACUGUGCAGACCUCGAAGCGUUCCAGCACAUGUUGGACCAACAAGACGGAUAUGAGCCCAAGGACGAGCCGAAAGACGAAUUCCAGGAUCUUGCCGAGAUGUUCAACCACACGGAGCUGGAUACGGUGCGGACGUUUGGCGGCAACAUGCAUCGAGAUUACGUGGACGAGCAGGACAAUGCGAGUAUGCGGGGGGGUCAUCGACCCAGACUGCUCAUUCAGGACCAAUCGACGCUCGAUGUGAACAUGGCAGAGAAGCCGGCUCCAAAGCCCGAGGGCAGGUUGUCGGGACCGUACAAACACUAUAUUCUUGUACGGCCGGCGCCUUCACUUCGCAUCCUUUUUUGCUCUCCAUCACUACGUGUCCCUGGGAUCCUACAAUCGCCCUUUCUCGACCGCAUCGGCGGUGGCAACAGUGUUCGAACUUCUCUCAGCAGAGCGCUCAGCGACGGUACACGCGGUGUCACAGCAAAGAUCCGGUGGUUGCCGCACGCUGUGCAGGAUCUCGAGAACUCGUCCGAAGAAGGCCGGCCUCGAUGGAUCCACUGCACGCCACUGCUGGGCAAUGGCGGUGCCGUGGGCGUCUGGAUGAUUGUGAUCGUUGACGAUGAGAAGUAUCCAUCUCAAGAACGCCGUUUCCGCCAAGCACCGCCGAUUCCAAACGACCUCCGCAGCAGGCGACAAGACACACACCCGUACAGACACAACGGCAUGCUAGACGACAAUUCAGACAUGUUUACUCCACGAAGCUCGUCUCUCACCAGCGGCCACGCUGCAGCAGCCCGUCACGGCACCCAAGACCGAGGGCGACAGGACUUGAGUCCCCGUGGUAUGGCCCCUCGCAGCAGCUUCAACGAACAGCGCACCAUGCGCUCGGCCGCUUCAAGCGUCGACUCUUUCCGCAUCUAG